CGAGGUGGAGGCUCUGGACGCGAGCCUCGAGGACCUGCUCACCAGGGUGGACGAGUUCGUGGGCAUGCUGGACAUGCUUCGCGGGGACUCGUCCCACGUCGUCAGCGAGGGCGUGCCGCGCAUCUACGCCAAGGCCGCCGAGAUGAGGCGGAUCUACGGCAGGAUCGACAAGCUCGAGGCCUUCGUGAGGAUGGUCGGCGGCAGCGUGGCCAGGAUGGAGGAGCAGGUCACCCGGGCCGAGGCCGAGCUGGGGACCUUCCCCAGGGCGUUCAAAAAACUCCUGCACACCAUGAACGUGCCCUCCUUCUUUCACAAGGCGUCUCCCUCGAGGCCGCAGCAAGCCGGCUACGAACCUCCCACCCUCUUUCGGACCGAAGACCACUUCCCUGGUUGCAAUGAAAGACCUCAGAUCUGAGUCUGCCCGACCACCACUGCAGGACCCUGUAUGAGAGUCUUAUCUCGUGCUAAUUAAGCUGGUUAAACAUUCUGUUCAGAGACAUAAACGAUGUUGGAGCAUAGAAUUUUAAAGUUU